CCAGGAAUUCGUUCUUGGGCGAGUCGGGGUCUCAGUCCUCAAUCCUCAGUCCAAUGAUGAGGUAGCUCAAGUCCACGCGCUGAUGGAAAAGUCCGUUACAGCAGUUGGCGGGCCAUUUCGACAAUCCUGAUCGACAACAGCGUCACUCGAGAUCGUUGCACUGAUGAAGUGUUACGCCCUCCUCGCCGACGCAGCCAUUAUGAGGCGCUUCCAUGCCACACUGAACUUGGGUUAUGCGUCUGCAUGAAUCGUCGUUCUCGCUGAUUGUAUCAGGGCACAGUACUUCAUAGACCACGCUUGAAUAUCUCCUUCCAGCAGCCCUACCAUCACAAAAGGAUGCGGUGGCGACGCCUUCCAAACCAUGUUGACAACUUCUCCUUUGAGCUCGUCACCGAAAAUCAUACUCCUGGAGUCACGAAUGAUCACUAUGUUGUCAGCUGUGACAAGGGGACUGUGACAAUACAAGGCAAUUCGCUCAUCGCUCUUGCAUCAGGGCUCCGCCGCUAUCUGGCCGAUCGAUCGCAUGUCGACUUCUACUGGUUCAUCGGCAGUCAGUUAGAGCAAGUCGAAGCUUUGCCCAGCUGCACAGCAAUCAACGGCUCAAGCGUUGUCCCUUGGAGAUAUCAUUUCAAUACAGUCACAUUCUCCUACACAACGGCCUUCUGGACUUGGGAAGACUGGGAGGACGAGCUCGACUGGCUUGCACUCAGAGGUGUUAAUCUACCUCUUGCAUGGGUGGGUAUGGAGAAGCUUUUGGUCGAGGUGUUCCAUGAAGUCGGACUGUCUCAACCAGAAAUCCUGGACUUUCUUUCCGGUCCGGCCUUUCAAGCAUGGAACCGCUUUGGCAAUAUUCAAGGCUCAUGGGGCGGACAGCUUCCCAUGUCGUGGAUCGACAAGCAAUUCGACCUGCAGCAGAAAAUUGUCAAGCGCAUGGUCGAGCUCGGGAUGACCCCAGUCCUACCAGCCUUCACGGGCUUCGUUCCUCGAGCGUUUUCAGAGGUGUUCCCUGACGCCAGUGUUGUCAAUAUCUCGCAAUGGAACGGUUUCAGCUCCCAAUAUACAAACGACACUUUCCUUGAGCCCACCGACCCACUGUUCGCUCAGUUACAGAAGAGCUUCAUCGUGAAGCAGCAGACAUAUUACGGCAAUAUUUCCAGCAUCUACACUCUAGACCAAUUCAACGAAAACGACCCUAUCUCGGGCGAUUUGGACGCCUUGAGGCAGCUUUCCUCCACUGUUUGGCAAAGUCUCAAGGAUGCCGACCCGAAUGCAAUCUGGAUGCUACAAGGAUGGCUUUUUUUCAGCAACGCGGAAUUUUGGACCGACGAACGAGUAGAAGCAUUCCUCGGCGGUGUGACGAGACAUACUGAUAUGUUGAUCUUGGACUUGUUCUCCGAGACCCAGCCACAGUGGCAACGUCUGGACUCGUACUACGGCAAACCCUGGAUCUGGUGCCAAUUGCAUGAUUACGGCGGCAACCAAGGGCUCUAUGGACAGGUGAUGAAUAUUACAGUCAACCCGAUCGAGGCGCUUGCCAACUCUUCGUCGCUCGUCGGGUUCGGCUUGACCAUGGAGGGCCAGGAAGGCAAUGAAAUCAUGUAUGACUUAAUGCUUGACCAAGCAUGGUCCGCCUCACCCAUUGAUCUCGAAGCCUAUUUCCACGACUGGGCGACGAUCCGCUAUUCGGACUCAAAUACAACAAGCGGGCCCUUGCCAGCGCAAAUAUAUGAAACAUGGGAGAUCCUCCUUCGCACCGUUUAUAACAACACCAACUUGACCUCGGCGCAGGCGGUCACCAAGUCCAUAUUCGAGCUUGCGCCAAACGCAACCGGCCUUUUCAACAGGACUGGUCACCACCCAACCACCAUCACCUACGAUCCCUCUACCCUGGUGGAAGCGUGGCAAACGUUCAUCUCUGCCAGUAAUUCCACCCCUGCAUUGUGGUCCAACAAAGCAUAUCAAUUUGACCUGAUAGAUAUAAGUCGUCAAGUUUUGGCGAACAAGUUCAAUCCCUUGUACUCAGCUUUCAUCGCCCAGACGAAUCUUACCAAUCUGGAUACCACCAACAAGUCCACGCGUAAUGCUUCGAUCGCGGCUGCAACCCAAACACAGUCGCAAAUGCUCUCUCUUCUGACCACGAUCGACACACUCGUUCAAUUCACGCCGAGCAAGUCACCUGAAUCCUCUCUGCCCGCCUGGAUCUCAACAGCCCGCUCUUGGGCGGACGGUAACGCCACCAUCUCGGACUUUUACGCGUACAACGCCAUUAACCAAGUCACGCUCUGGGGCCCGAUGGGCGAGAUAUCAGACUAUGCAUCGCGACAAUGGGCUGGUCUGGUAGGAGGGUACUAUCUCCCUCGCUGGCAGAUAUUCACCGAUGCGUAUCUGGACGCUUUGAAGACAGGACACGCGGUCAAUCAAACGCAGUUGCAUGCCGGGUUACUGAGUUGGGAAGAGCAGCAACAGGAACCCCUGGCUUCGGUGGGCACUUCAUUGCAACCGUCCGAUGGGCUGCAAAACAAGAUAAAUCUGAUUGAAAGCGAAUGGUGCGAGGUGCUGGGGUGUUGAAACUAUAUCGUCGUCCACCGUAGGGUACACAGUAGUCGUAGAAUCCAUGGCGUCAGGGUGCUGGAAGUAACACAGCUUUGACAGUACUUUGAUGAAAAGGUCCAGUGAGAUAGUGAAAGCCUCUGGCUUGUUCG